UGCACAGUUCGAUAAGUUAAGGAAGGUUCCUUCCUCUAGAUGUUUGAUGACAAUGAGACUCUCGCUGGUUCCAGCUCCUCAAACGUGAGGAUUUGGUGUUUGUGUCUGUUUUAUAUGAUUUAUAUCGUCUGUGAAAUUAAUCUGGCUUUUACUUCGCGGCCCAUUUGUUGCAUGCAAAUAAAUAAUGAUAAAAAGAAAUAAAUGCAUUAACAGUAAAAGUAAAAUUCUAAUCAAAUAAAGUAAAAUAAAUGAAAGUCAUAAAUCAUAAAUAAUAAUAAAACAAGUGGAGGAGCUGACUCUGGAUCAGUGUUGGAGAGUGAUGUACACUGAAAUGAAAAGGCAAUCAAUCUGGUGGGCUGCACCGCCGACUCGCUGCAUCACAACAAACCCCACCAAUCAGACGUCAGCCUCAUGCGUCUCCAUGGUAACAGAGCUUCCUUGGUCCCGGGGAGGUGGAGACAGCGAGGAGGGGGUGGGGGGGGGGGGUGGGGGGCGAGGAAAAACAGAAGAGAAGAGAGAGCGGUGGAUGGGGGAAGAAGAGAGGAAGAGGAGGAGAGAGAGAGAGAGAAUCGAUACCUUCUCUUAUUUCACAGUGAGGAUUUAAAAAGAGAGGCUCCCUUCCCAGUCGGAGGGGAGGGGGGUCGAGCCGGUGUGGAUGGGCUGACCGCAGACGGCAGAGGAAGGAGCAGAGAGCAGGGAUGGGGUGGAAGGAUGCCUGGGCUGGGGAGUCUCUGUGGGACCAGGAUCUGCAACGGCCCCUGAGCCUCCGCUCGGUGGAUCUGUUGGGUGGCUGUGUUUAGGUGGCUCCUUCUCCCCGCGAGGUGUGAAUAACGAUGACUCUCAUCCUCGCCGCUUGAACAUGCUGCUCGGGUAGCGAAGCCGACCGAGAGAGGAGCGUCUACCCUCUUACACUCCUUCCCCUCUGGACACACACACACACACACACACACACACACACACACACACACACACACACACACACACACUCACACAGAGAGUCGGCCCAAUUCAGGCACAACCAUGCUGAUCAAGGAGUAUCGUAUCCCCAUGCCGAUGAGCGUGGAGGAGUACCGCAUCGCUCAGCUCUACAUGAUCCAGAAAAAGAGCCGGGAGGAGAGCUGCGGUGAGGGCAGCGGCGUGGAGAUCCUGGAGAACAAGCCUUACGAGGACGGCCCCGGGGGCUCGGGCCAGUACACGCACAAGGUCUAUCACAUCGGGAAACACAUCCCGUCCUGGUUCUGUGCCAUCCUGCCCCAAGCGGCGCUGCGAGUGGAGGAGGAGUCCUGGAACGCCUACCCCUACACCCGGACCCGGUACACCUGUCCCUUUGUAGAGAAGUUCUCCAUAGACAUCGAGACGUACUAUAAACCAGAUACUGGAAACCAAGGGGAUGUCUUCAACCUGUCGUCUGCUGAGAAGAGGCAGAGGACUGUGGACCCCAUAGACAUCGUGAAGGACUACAUCGCUCCUCACGAGUACCUGGUGGAAGAAGACCCGAAGCUGUAUCAGUCCGUCAAGACCAAACGGGGUCCGCUGUCGGAGGACUGGAUCGAGGAGAUCAACCAGGACCCGGGUCAGAACCCCGUCAUGUGCGCCUACAAGCUCUGCAAGGUGGAGUUCAGAUACUGGGGCAUGCAGUCCAAGAUCGAGCGCUUCAUACACGACGUGGGUCUGCGUAAAGUGAUGGUGCGAGCCCACCGGCAGGCGUGGUGCUGGCAGGACGAGUGGUACGGCCUGACCAUCGAGGACAUCAGGCAGCUGGAGCUGGAGACUCAGCUGGCUCUAGCUAAGAAGAUGGCCCAGUACAGCCUCAAUGAGGAGGGGGGGACGGAGACCAACGGCUCCUCUGUCAGCCAGGACCAGGAGACGGGAGCUGAGACUGCGGGAUCCAACGCAGAGGCAGAAGGAGGAGGAGGAGGAGGAGGAGGAGGAGGAGGAGGAGGAGGGAAGCUGGGAGAUUCACUGGAGACACGAGGGGAACUCACCAAGCAGUGGUCAACAUCCUCUAGAUCCUCCAACAGGUCGUCUAAGAGAGGAGGUAGCCCGUCUCAUCAGAGCAUCUCAGAGUGGAGGAUGCAGAGCAUCGCCCGGGACUCGGAGGACAGUACAGACGACGAGUUCUUUGAUGCUCAUGAGGACUUUUCUGACAACGAGGAGAUGUUCGGCAAGGAGAUGACCAAGUGGAGCUCCAACGAUCUGAUGGACAAGAUAGAAACAAUAGAGGUGGAUGAAGCACAAGAGACCUUGUACCAGGAGUCGGGCGGGGAGUACGCCGUGAUGAGUAAUGAGGAGACGCAGAUGGAGGAUUGUUCGUCUCAGCAGUGUCUGCAGCCAUCCAAAAUUCACGUCCUGGUCCUGGUCCUGCACGGAGGGAACAUCCUGGACACCGGCUCCGGUGAGCAGAACAGCAAGCAGGGAGACGUCAACACGCUGAGCGGGGCCUUCGAGACCGUGAUGAGGGUCCACUACCCCGCAGCUCUGGGCCGCACCGCCAUCAGGAUGGUCCCCUGCCCCGCUGUGUGCGUCGACGCCUUCUCGCUCGUCUCCAAUCUGAGCCCCUACAGCUACGACGAGAGCUGCCUGUCCAGCAGUCAGGACCACAUCCCGCUGGCCGCUCUGCCUCUCCUGGCUACUUCUGCACCACAGUACCAAGACGCUGUAGCGACCGUCAUCCUGCGAGCCAAUCAGGUGUAUAGCGACUUCAUCAAGUCUUUAGAAGGAGCGUCUUUUAACGGCCAGGUGUGUGUUAUUGGCGACUGUGUCGGGGGAAUCCUGGGAUUUGACGCCCUGUGCAGCAGCUCAGUGACGGUGUCAGAGAGUCAGAACAGCAGCAGACGGGGCAGCGCCAUCAGUGUGCAGGACACGGACCUCCUCUCUCCGGGUAUCGUCAUAAACAGCGUCUCUCCUUCCUCGCCGUCCCUCGAAGGAAGCCGCCACCUCAGCCGCAGCAACAUCGACAUCCCUCGCUGCUCGGGGCCCGACGACCCCAAGAAACAGCUCCCGCGCAAGCGAAGCGACUCGUCCACGUACGAGCUGGACACCAUCAAACACCACCAAGCCUUCCUGUCCAGUCUUCACUCCAGUGUGCUCCACGCGGAGCCCGGAUCACGGCGCUCCAGCAGCAGCACCAUGUUGGAGGGAGGCUCCUUGGGAAAGUUCGACUUCGAGGUGACUGACUUCUUCCUCUUCGGCUCUCCCCUGGGGUUGGUGCUCGCACUGAGGAAGACCGUGGUGCCGUCGUUAGAUGUGUCGGCUCUGCGUCCAGCCUGUCAGCAGGUUUACAACCUGUUUCAUCCAGCCGACCCCUCGGCCUCGAGGCUCGAGCCUCUCCUGGACAAGAGGUUCCACCUGCUGCCUCCCUUUAGUGUCCCCCGCUAUCAGCGCUUUCCUCUGGGUGACGGACACUCCGCUCUCCUAGUUGAGACGGUGCAGAGUAACCCUCAGCUUCUGACGGAGUCCGGGAGUGCGGCGCUGCAACGCUGCCAGGAAAACACCGUCAAUGAGACCUCCAUCCCCGUGCCCGUCCUCAACUGGCCGACGUCGCAGCUCCCCGCAGAGACCGAUGCUCUUCACUCACACAUUUUUGUCGACGGCCAGUUUCCAUCAUCCACGUCGCCGGGGGUCCCUCACCUCCGCUUCACCCGCAGGGCCAGCGAGGCCAGCAUAGCCAGCCAGGUGUCCGGCAUGGCCGACUCUUACACCGCCUCCAACAUCGCCACGACACACAAAGUGAGCCACAGUAAAAGGUCCAGUCUGCUGUCCCACCUGGCUCUGCCCUACAAUAAGUUUGCCCCCCGGAGCCCGUCCCCUCGCUCGCGCAAGACAGUCCGUCAGGUGUUCCCGAGACCCAACGGCGUGGAGUCUGAGCAGAGCUCGGACGUUAGCUCUGACAUGACCUCCUCUGACAUGACCUCUGACCUCACCGAUGUCACGUCUGACAUCAGCUCGGCGCCGCCGUCGCCCGGGGUGCUGAGGAACAUAGAGCAAGUUGCCUCUCGGUGGUGGGGCAGUAAGAGGAUGGACUACGCCCUGUACUGUCCUGAUGCCCUGACAGCGUUUCCAACAGUGGCCCUGCCUCAUCUCUUCCACGCCUCCUACUGGGAGUCAACGGACGUCGUCUCCUUCCUGCUUAGACAGGUGAUGAGACACGAGAACUCCAGUAUUUUGGAGCUGGAUGGUAAAGAAGUGUCUGAAUUCACUCCAUCCAAACCUCGUGAGAAGUGGCUCCGCAAGAGGACUCAUGUUAAAAUCAGAAACGUGACGGCGAACCAUCGUGUAAAUGACGCCGUGUUCACGGAGGACGGGGCCCAGAUGGUGACGGGACGUUUCAUGUACGGCCCUCUGGACAUGGUUACCCUCACUGGAGAGAAGAUUGACAUCCACAUCAUGACCCAGCCGCCCUCUGGAGAGUGGGUGUACUUUGACACGGAGCUCACCAACAGCAGCGGACGUGUCUCUUAUGUAAUCCCUGAGAACAAAAAGCUGGGUAUCGGGGUGUAUCCUGUCAAAAUGGUGGUCAGGGGCGACCACACAUUUGCAGACAGCUAUCUAACGAUUUUACCACGGGGAACAGAGUUUGUUGUGUUCAGUAUCGACGGGUCAUUUGCUGCCAGUGUGUCAAUCAUGGGCAGCGACCCAAAGGUUCGAGCCGGAGCUGUGGACGUGGUGAGGUACUGGCAGGACUUGGGCUACUUGAUAGUGUACGUAACGGGUCGUCCUGACAUGCAGAAGCAGCGUGUGGUGGCCUGGCUCUCUCAGCAUAACUUCCCCCACGGCAUCGUCUCCUUCUGCGACGGGCUGGUCCACGACCCGCUCCGACACAAGGCCAACUUCCUCAAAUCCCUCAUCAACGAGGCCCACAUGAGGAUCUUUGCGGCCUACGGCUCCACCAAGGACAUCUCCGUGUACACGUCGAUUGGCCUGCCUCCGUUCCACAUCUACAUAGUGGGGAGACCCACAAAGAAAAUGCAGCACCAGUGUCAGUUCAUCUCGGACGGCUACGCCUCCCACCUGUCCCAGCUGGAGUACAACCAGAGGACCCGUCCUGCCAAGUCCGCCAGCGCCCGCAUGGUCCUCCGUAAAGGCAGCUUCGGCCUGGGCGCGGCCGGAGGAGAGUUCCUUCGUAAGCGCAACCACAUCUUUCGCACCAUCUCCUCUAAGCAGCCCGGCGGAGCGGGGUCGGCGUCCCCCAACCAGCCGGGCCGGACUGAGCGUACGCUGAGCCAGUGCGAGAUGGAGCGGGAACGAGGGGUCGCGGGAGCAACGCAGAGGAGUAUGAGUAUAGCUGCAGGGUGCUGGGGUCGCAGCGGGAGCACCAAGGAGGGCAGUGGAGGCUUACUGGGCCCGAAAUAGUUCAAAAAGGAGCUAAAGGACCCGGCCUGAACCACCAUGAUCUCUGGACUAGACAAAGAGAGGAAGUGGUAGGAGGGUUUGUAUUUUAGAAUAAGAGACAGGUGAUUGAUUUAGCAUAAACAACACAUUGAUUGGAUCAGAGGAGAACAGGGGAGGAGGGAUAAAGAGGGAUCUGUCCAGGAGGAGUGGACCAAUCAGGCCAAGAGGGAUCCAGCGAACAAAAGACAGUUGUGUAGCAUGACUCUUUUACAGUAAUACUUUUAUAGGAAACAUCACUAACCACUGAAAAAAUUGACAAGGAAGGAUUUAGUGAAAUAUUGUAAGCCUUAAACUAAUCUCGUAUAACGGGACUCCCUCCCUCUCCCCCUUUUCUCAACACACACACACACACACACACACAUAUACAAUACGCUGUCCAAGCAUUCACACUCAUGAGCUCAGGACAAACCGCAGAGCCAGACUCAUCUUCAUCUUCAAACAGUCGAGCACGGGUUUCAGGCUGCGUUGGUUUGGCAGCCAUGGCGAAAAAAAAAAACAAAAAAACAAUGACUUUCACCUUCUGUUUCCGUCCCGCUGUCAGCUGAGCGACGCGUCUCACACACUCUCCCCCAGCAGUGACUGGCAAUAAGUACGUGAAGAAAAAACCCUCACAAUGCAAAAAGAGGAAAAGACGAACCACGGAGGAAGGAAGGAAGAACUUUUGGAAAUGAAGAUUAAAAUCUUAAAGAGUCAGGUUUUCCAAAUUACAAAAAUAUAUAUGUUCUCUUUUACCUGUCGUGGUGUUUAUUCAAACAGCUUCGGUUUUAUUCUUCCAGAGCGAGAGAUGUCUGUCUGCCUCCAGCCCAGUACUAUAGAGGAGAACUGUCAGUGGAACUACUUUCUACUUUACUCUAUGAAAAACGUUAAGUUUUAAGUCACUUAUUAUCAACGUAUUGAUUAUGAUGACGUAAACUGAGUGCUCCCUCUCUUUUAGCUCUGUGUUCGGUCUCCACCGGCUCCUGAAGAGAAUAUCUGACUCUGUAGCUGCUAAAUGCUCCGCUAUGUUCACCAGCUGCUCUCUGACUGUUUUACAGAUGUUUCUCUGAAAACAGCUGCUGCUGCUGGAAAAAAUGAUGCUGAUGAAAGACGCACCUCUGUAUGAAGCAAUACAGUUCAACAGCAGCACAAACCACAUCCUCCACAAUGAUCAUACAGGUGAAUCUGCACCUCUCUAACACUGAACAAACUGAAUGUUGUAGCCUUCAUGGAGGAGGAUUUAUUGCAGCGUUAGUUUAGGUGUUCCUAAUGAACUGCCAAAUGAGUCCCUUAAUAUUUUAAAUUUUCAGCUCCGUUCACCUCUGUUGUAUUGGGGUGGAAGCAGAGACAGAUAUCUCAGAACCUGGGCACAUAAAAACAAAAAGUGAAGAUGUAGCCAGAUACCACAAGAGGUAAAAGAUAAAAUAUGUAUUUAUUUUAGAAUUUGGGUGAACUGGUCCUUUAAAUAUGAGAGAACUGGGUUUGAAAUCUUGAAAUAUAUUGUAUCACAGAGGAAAGUACUUCUUGUCUUAGCCAGAGAACUGUCGAGUUCAUCACUGAUGUGCGACUUAUACUUACGUCCAACUGCUCCAGUUUUCAUUCCACCGUGUGUGAGACUCUGUAGUGUUUAUUUCAGUGUGGCCUCUGGGCCGUCCAAGGCCUUAAUAUCCAACCAGACACUUACUCCACAGAUGGACCAGGAAGCAGGAAAACAGGGCAUGCAGCAUUAAAGCAACAACUGAAACUCUGUACAGUCCACAGCAACAAUCCCUUUAUAUAUUCAUCUGCUUGCAAUACCUCUGAUCCGCCUGUGGGUGGAGUUCUGUUUCCCACAUGUGCUGCUGCUGGUAGACACUCCUGUGGUGUUCCCCGGCUUUUUGCUCUUUUCUGCUCGUGUGAUAUCGAACAGGAUGGACCCGGAUGUUUCUGCCGAGGAGCCUGUUUCAUUUCAGGCUGGACACUCGGUGGUGGUGGUGGUGGUGGUGGUGGGGGGUGUGGAGGCGGGGAGUCCCACUUACACUGACCUGUGAGUCCAGAUGGACCGAAGAAUGGGGCUGGAAGUGAUUCAGCAUGAAUGUUGUAAAGGCUGGAUUGAUCCUUUUCAGUGGUGAAUGUAUAGGUGGGGAGAAAAUCGCCGGUGUCCUCAAACAUCAUUUUGUUGUGUCUGUCUGCUGAACUGUAUAUUUUCAUUCAAAGGGGACGUAGAAGAAGAAGAAGAAGCCGCCUCACAUCUUCACUCCAAAAACACAAACCAUGUGCAUAAAAGAAUCUGAUUUUCCACCCAGGCCACUCUUGCUCAGUAAAGGAGAGGUUUGUCAAGCCUGUCUUAAAACAGACAGGUGCACAAAUGUACGUUCAAACAGGUUUUGCUUCUUGUAAUGAUUCUUAAUGGGGGACAAAAUCCACAGUCCUUGGUCUGUGCAAAUAUGUUUUCAGUGCAUUUGAAACUUUACAUAAAACUAAUAUAAAGAUUAAGCAAAUCAAGUGCAUAUCUCCCAAAGUGACAGUGGGGGGGCAAAGAGGGAUUUUCUCACUAAAAAUGUCCUCACCUUAUUCAAGAUAUUCACCUGGUUUUUCUAAAUCAGACUGUUAAGGGUGGAAAUAUUCGGGAACCUCACUAUUUCAUUUAGAUUUGAAUCCAAUUCUUCAGGGUCGUGAUUCAAUUUAGAAAUUAUUCUCAAUUCAAAAUCGUCUCUGUAUGAUGGCGUAGACCUAUAAAGUUUUGACAAAGUACUUUAAUUAAAUCCAAAAUGUGUAAAGUGUGAUUGUUUUGGAAACUGCAAAUUAAUUCAAAACUGUUUUUUUCUCCCACCCCUACAGCUGGCUGAAGCCUCAUAUUAGCUUCAGAUGAACGUUUGAAUAUAUUUUUGCACAGAAAGUGUAUUUUGUCCCGUAUCACUUACACUUGAAACGCUUGAGGAAAAGAUCACAGCCGGCAGGAAGAGCAGGGUGAUUACAGCCUGUGUCAGUGUUCAAUCAGACACUUGACCAAUGUUUUAAGACAGACUUUGUGAACCUAUUCUUUAAACCCAUGAAAGCUGUUAGAGUAAGUUGUACCUCCUGUUCAUUUCAUUUUUUACUAUGCUGUUGUUUUAUGCCUCGCUUCCACACUGCACAGGAGUGUGUCUUGUUUCCACUCCCUGUGUGAUGAUAAUGUCUUCAACCCACCACAGAAGCCAAAAUCAUUCUCUUGAUACUGUAGUUUAAUCAACUGUGUAACCUCAUUGUUGUUUUUUGCACUAGUUUACAGUGGAAAUAGACUGUAGUUACCAUCUCAUGUUGCUACGUUUGAACACCUCUGUAGUGCAUGACACUUUUUAUUUAUUUCAGGGUAUACUCUAUGUGCAGGUGCACAUGUCUGUACAUUUUGUCAGGAUAUGAAAAUAAUGCAAGUAAAUGUGCCAAACAUGAAGUAUUUUGAUUAGGGGUUUUCAAAGUCUGACACUGAGACAACUGCGCCCUCCAAAACCCUCCCCUGUCCUCCAAUUGUCCUUUUAAUACUGUUUAUCUUACUUCUAAUUAGUAGAUAAAUAUGCUCCACGUUUUGAAACUACAGUUCCCAUAAUGCUUUGGGGAUGUAACCUGUGAGUGUAAUCGGGCGGUCAUGGGGUCAGUGAGCUUUGUUAUGUCAAGAUAACGGAAUAUUUAUCCAGUUUUUCGGGAAAACAAAUCUCCGUUAUCCGUUAUUUCGAGAUAACGAAAUAAUUAUCCGUUACCCGGAGUUAACGCGAUAAAAAAAUAUUUGCGAGUGUGGCCUUUCUCGGCUUCCGUAGUACAUUGUGGGCGGCAACUUUAGCCCUGUUUUUAAGCUAAGCGUUGUCUUCAUUUUGGCAAGUUGACACAAUUAAAGCUAUGUCGAAUUAGCGAUUAGCAGUUACUGUUUGCAGUGUGUCCGUGACUGUACAGACAACUUACAGUUUAUUACUUUAAUACUGUAGAAAAGUUAGAAACGCGAUGAUUCUCAGGCAAGUUCCGGAGUUUUAAGGAGCGACCAUUUCCCCCCUUUUUAUAAGUGGCUGUUCGGACGUUUAUUCGAACAUGGGCGUCGAAGAUAAUGACAUCCACAGAAACUGUAAGUCACAAUGAAUCUAGAAAUGUCUGUAUUAUGUCUGUGUGUGCAGAUUUGACUGAGUUAUGACUCCGAGAAGGAGUAUGAUUUUUAAUGCUAAUGGCGGCUAUCGCAGCUAAAGCUAAAGUACCUUAAUUGCACUUGACCACGUUGGUAAACGGGCCAAACCACAAAGACUAAAUCCCCAUUGUUUUUAGAAAGCCAUCAUCUCUUUCAACACAGUAUCUUUGUCUCAUGUCUGUUUGAAAACCCCUUCAUUUAGACUAUUCAAGCUUUUACUCUAGGAAGAAGGGGACAUGUAUAUGUAUAUUUGGGCUUUAGGUGACUGCAUCUUUACAAAUCUGAUGUUGUCCAUGUCUGAGAAAGAAAAGAAAAACGGCUUUAACAGAAUGAUGAAUCUGUUUUUAAAGCUUUUCCUUGAGGGGCAGAGGUCGAGUGAGUUUCUGUAAUCAUGGACAAUAAGCUGUUUUGCAAAUGGACCUUUGCAUUGAGUUUCUGUUGUGCUGUUGGUGGCAGGCUUUUGGAUACAAACACAUUGUUCCCCUUUGGCCUUUUGGCUGCUGAGUUGAAUGUCUCCACCAUUUGGAUCCUGAGUCUGUUCAGGAACCAUGGAUAUGUCAGUGUACAUAAUGUAAAGAUGUAUAUGUAGGACCUUAUAUGGUUGAGAGUUAUUUAUUUACCUAAAGCUCAUGAUGUUAUUAUGGAAAUUUCAGGUGAAAUAUAUUUGAAAUAUGUAGCAUUUUUAUUUUGGCGGUCAUUAAUGCUAUGGACCAACACGGGAAGGUUUUUUGUUUUUACCAGUGCAAUAUUAUUGUUCCUAUCACAGCCAGGCAAAAUAAACCACUGUCACAGCAGGGGCACAAUCUACACCAAUACAAGCUACAGGCAAUUCACAGUCUGAGAUCACACACACCACCUGCAGUUGUGUUUCACACCUAGUGAAAACUAUUUGUAUUCGAGCUGCUGUUGUUGACCUCUGCUGUCUCUUUACAACAAUCGCUGAGCGUUUUAUAGGACUUACUGUACCUAUUUUUCAAACUGGAGUAUUUUACAGAACCUUUGAAAUAUAACUUGAGACUGGUUUUUCAGUCAGCAGCGGGUGCAUGAUAAAAAGUUAAAACCCCAUAAUGAAGCAGCUCUAUUUAACAAGCUGUUGCAUGUCAUCCAAUCAGAUUGGAACUACUUAAUCUACAUGCUUAACAAUAAUAAACCAGUUAUGUUGUCCACUACGUCCUCACUGUUUGAUGAUAUAUAUAUGUAUAUAUAUAUAUAUAUAUAUAUAUAUAUAUUUCAAAAAUUCAGCUGGUUAUAUUUGAGAUUAUUGAAAUUAUUGCCACUUUUGGAUAAAAUGUAAUAGACACCUACAUGUUAAUCUGCAGUACACAGUCCAGUAUUAGUUUUAAUUAUUGACAUUUUACAAUAAAACAUUUUGGUAUCACUUUAUAGCAAGGUGCCAUUUAUGAAAGGUUUAUUAAUGAUUAAAGCAAUAGGUUGACAUCAUAGCAGAGAGUUAGAUGAAAAGAUCAAUACCCUUCUCAUAUCUUUCCAUUCAAUAUGAGCUAAAAGGAACAUCUGUUUAGCUUAACUUAGCUUAGCAUAGCAUCAAGACUGGAAACAACUAGCCUGGGCCCCCGGCGACAGCCCUCACAUAACCCACCAUAUAAUAUCUAAUUUAAUUCUAAUUUUGUUUUUUGUACAGAUUGAAAUGAGACAUAAUAUGUUAAUUAGGCAAAUUUUGUUUUCUUUGGUCAGAGCCCUGUUUCCACCAUUGACACUAAAAUAAGCUAAUCUGCUGCUGACUGUAUAUUUAAUGAACAAAUAUGACAGUGGUAUUGAUCAAUGUUUGGGUUGCCAGGUUGUGAAAAAUCUCUUUGACUGAUUAGACCAUUUUGACCACUGACAUUACAUCCUACUAACAUUUAUAACUGCAGACUUGAUGAUUAAUUAUUUACUUUAUUAUUUGAUAAAAAUGUCGUCUCUAAAAUAUUAAAAUCAAAAUAAAUAUAAUUAUUUGAAAGCUUAUUUAAAUAAGUGAGAAACCCAUGAACAUUUACUAAUGGGUUACCAACAUUUAUGACAGUAUUUUAACCAAAUAUUAAGGUUAAACAGCAGCCAAAGGUAUUUUUCACAACCUGGCAACCUGAAAGUUGUCCUUAUUGAUGGGUUUUACUGUAGUAUUAUUAGAAAUUAUAUUAGUAAAUUGUUUAUUAACCAUUAAUAAACCAAUCACAACCUUUAGCCUUUAAAAAGGAUGCCUUAUUAUAAAGUUGCACCAACAUUUUAUGUGAGUUAUCAUUAUUUAGAGGUUGUUAAUUAUCCCACAGCAGCAGGAAGAUCAGUCAUAUUUUGUACAUACACAACUGUAAUAAAGCAUCACAAAUACUAUAGAGCAGUAGGUCUGUGACAAAUAUUAAGGUGUUAAAAUAUAUGGUGGCAAUAAUUCAUAUAUAUUUUGGAUAUAUGCAGUGUUUGAAAUUAGAUUCACAUGCUCAAAUUUAAUAGUACUAUAGUAAUACUUUAUUUUAAUCUCCUUAUUUAGCAUUUAUAAGCAGUAUAUCAACACUUAAUAAAUGUUUUUUUAACACACUAUAAUGUAGUAAUAAGCAAUUAUAAGGCCACUUUUUCAAUGUAUUAAUACGUAACUUUCUGCAGUAUGAAGCAUCCAUAAUUAGAUAAUUAACAGUUAAUACUUAUUACCAUAGCAUAACAUAGAUACAAUCAUAUGUCUAUUGAAACAAAUUUAAAAAACCUUUAAAAAUCUGCCUGUGAAUUUUUAAACGUGCAUAAACAGUUGUUAAAUGCUUAAAAAGGAUUUAUUCACAUAUAGUUGCAGCUUUUAUGUUAUGUAAUUUAUUUUUCAAAGCAUUAAUUUACUGUUUAUACACCAGUUAUGGCGGCGUCAGGCUGAGUUUGAUAAAUAUAUUAAAUACUCAUUUAAGUUCUUAUAUUUGCACAUGAAACAUUAGAGUUUAUUAAGUGUUUGUAUACUGCUUAUUCAUGCUAAACAGGGGGAUAGUGUAUACAGGUGGUCAUGACCCAUUUCUACAUGUUAACAGUGUUACCCUUCUAUCCAUGACAUUGAUAAACACUGAUCAAAACACUGUGUAUUCAAUCAACGACAGCAGAGUCAGAAUAACUUCUCUGAGUGAUUGUGACUCGUGUUGUUGUUUUCAGACAUAGGAUACAGUAGGUACUGAUGUCUCCUAGUUCACACCGUAUAUGUCAGAAGCUUGACCUCUGACCCCAGCGCUCUCUACCAUUGUCUGUACUGUGGAAUAAAACCAAUUGGACGGUAACUCGACAUGAGUAUGUGUGUUUUUAUUGGAUUUUUAGUGGAUGUUGGUCGUCCAGAGUCUUGAAAUUUUCUACAGACGUUCAUGUUCCCCAGAGGAUGAAUGUUACCAACUGUAGUGAUCCUCUGAUUUUUUCCCCAUAGCGCUACCUGCUGGUUUACAUUAGGUUUUUUUUUUUUGGGAAGCAUCUCAACAAUUAUUGGAUGGAUUGCAUGAAAUUUGGUACAAAGAUUCAUGUUCCCCAUAGGAUGAAUUGUAUUAACUUUGGUGAUGCAGUUAUUAUUCCUCUAGUGCCAACAUCAGGUUGGAAUUUUAAUUUGUUUAUGACCAAAUACCUGAAAAACUGUGUUUAUUGUCAAUUAGCAAAUGUUAGCUAUAGCUGUGCUGAAGCAUGUACGGUGGUUAGCCUGUUGUAAGAUCAGCAUCACACAAAUUUGUAAUUUUAUUUGUGCUGAUAUUCCUCUUGAAUACAAAUAUAUGGAUACAUCUUGAA